AUGUAUAGAAUCACACGACAUCCUAAUUGUAUUAUCAGAAUACCAUCAAUUGAUGUAAUGUCAAUGAAAACAAAAUUAUCUACCACUGUUACUGCAAGAUAUUAUUAUUUAUCAAGUUCAACUAGACAUGUAACAAAUAAACAACAGCAAUUACCAAGAAUAAUAGUUCAGGAUGAUAAAAAAGAACAAAAAUCUAAUAAAUCUACUUUUACUAAUACAACAUCAAACGAAUCCACACCUAAUAAAUCCUCAUCAAUUGACAAUAAAUCCAAUGCUGCAACCACCACCACCAUUAAUAGUGGUAGUGGUAGUGGUAAUGAUCAAUCAAAGAAACAAGGCGAAUCUGGUGGAGUGACGUAUGGUGGCGCAGUUUAUUAUUCAUUAAAGAAUGAUGCUUUUCGUAGUACGUUCACAAAACAUGUAUAUGGUGCGGAACAAGUUGUUAAUUAUGUUGUGGACUUGCAUAGGCAAGGAACUUUUGAUAGAUUUGAAAGAAAUUUGACAGAUAUUACUCAGUAUACAAAACACAUAAAAAAACAAAAAACUUUUUUGAAAAAAUUAAAAACAAAUAAAAAUACUAAAAUAUCUGAAGUCCUGAAAUCUGAUGAUGACGUUAAAAAAGAAGAACAAGAGAAUAUACAACAACAGUUGAAUGAGCAAACAUUGAAACUUAAUCAAAUACUGGCAUCCCAUGAGAAAGCUGUUGAUGAAUAUAUUAGAGGCAAGGAAGAAGAGAUGAAAAGACAAUUCGAAGGAGAUAAACAAAACAUCUAUAACGAAUUUAAUCUUGUCACUGAACUGAAGAGACAAUUAACGAAACACAAAGAAGAAUUGAAGAAUGAACUUAUUAGACAAGCUAUAAAUUUAGAACGUGGGUGGAACAGGGAUGCGAAGUUGUUGAUUGAGCAAGAAAGAGCAGGACGACUGGCCAGACUUGAUCAUAUUUGUCAACGAUUAAAAAUACUUGAACUAUUAAGUGCUGACAAUGCAGAACAUUUAGACAAAAGCAAAGAAAUUUAUUAUAAUUUGAAUACUAAAAUAUCUGAAAUUUUUAAAUCUGAUGAUGUUGUUAAAAAAGAAAACGAAGAGAAUACAAAAGACAAAGAAAUUUAUCAUAAUUCGAAUACUAAAAUAUCUGAAGUCCUGAAAUCUGAUGAUGACGUUAAAAAAGAAGAACAAGAGAAUAUACAACAACAGUUGAAUGAGCAAACAUUGAAACUUAAUCAAAUACUGGCAUCCCAUGAGAAAGCUGUUGAUGAAUAUAUUAGAGGCAAGGAAGAAGAGAUGAAAAGACAAUUCGAAGGAGAUAAACAAAACAUCUAUAACGAAUUUAAUCAACAUCUUGUCACUGAACUGAAGAGACAAUUAACGAAACACAAAGAAGAAUUGAAGAAUGAACUUAUUAGACAAGCUAUAAAUUUAGAACGUGGGUGGAACAGGGAUGCGAAGUUGUUGAUUGAGCAAGAAAGAGCAGGACGACUGGCCAGACUUGAUCAUAUUUGUCAACGAUUAAAAAUACUUGAACUAUUAAGUGCUGACAAUGCAGAACAUUUAGACAAAAGUCUGAAAGCACAUAAAUUAUGGCGUGCAUUAAAAUCAUUCCAAGAAAUUAUUAAUGGUAAACUUGAUGGCGAUAAGAGACCGUUCAGCAAUGAGAUAGCAACGCUGAAGAAGAUAGGAUCAGGCGAUGAGGUGAUCGUCACAGUUUUAUCAACCAUAGAUGAUUCAAUCAGCAGCAAUGGAAUAGAAUCAACAAUCAACUUAUCAAACAGAUUUAAUAAUGUUAAACAAGCGAUUAGACGCGCAUCUUUAAUACCAGAAGAAGGAGGAGGAGUGUUUGCACAUUUGCUAUCACAUAUAUUAUCUAGGCUGUUAUUCCAUAAACAUGGAUUAGUUGAAGGAAAUGAUGUUGAGGCAAUAUUGGCCAGAACUCAAUAUUACCUUGACAGUAAUGAUUUAGAUAAUGCAACACGUGAAUUAAAUCAAUUAGUCGGUUGGCCUAAAAAAUUGGCAGAAGAUUGGUUAAAGGCUGCCAGAAAUCAUUUAGAAAUCAAACAAGCCAUUGAGGUAAUUGAAACCCAGGCAAUAUUAUCUAGUAUGUCA